UUGAAGCUAGCUGGCAACUCUGUUAGUCGGUCGUUAUGGUGUUUUCGUAUAAAUCAGAUUUAGUUCUCAAAGUAAAUAUUGUUAUAAUUAUUGUGCUGUUCGUAACAUCCCAAGUUUCUGGGAAUCAGAAUUCAUCAAUCGCAAUGACUCAAUUAUUUGCGUGCAGCUUCGAAGUCUUUGGACAAGUACAAGGCGUUUUCUUUCGCAAGUACACAGAAAAGCAGGCGAAUGAACUGGGAGUCCGCGGUUGGUGCAUGAACACUCCGAACGGCACAGUAAGGGGCGAAUUGGAAGCUCCGCUAGCACCGCUUAACGAAAUGAAGGAUUGGCUCCAGAACAAAGGUAGCCCCCAUUCGAAGAUUGAAAACGCCGUAUUUUCGCCAACCAAGAAGAUUGAGAACUAUAGCUACAACAAGUUCACAGUAAUACGUUAGCCAGAAGUGGUGUUCUAUCUGCGAAGCGGUCCUAUUUAUAUUUGAGGCUCCAUCAGUUGAUCUUUUUGGUAUAUAAUACUCAGACGCCUCCUUAAAAUGUGUAGAAAUCUAGAAGGCCUGUUUAAUGAUAAUUAAGCGAUGCUUGUUGUUAAAAUCAAAAGUCAAGAACCGAUAUAAUAUAAUUAAUAUUUAUUCACAUUGUAAGAACCAUUAAAAUUCAUCCCAGUAAAAACAAUAACAAACAUAUUGCUUA